AUGUCUUUUUCGGAUUCCGAAUCAGGCUCUCAUGGCGGUAAUAAGGAGUACAAGUUCUUUCGUGAUUUUACUCGUGAUCGAUUAUUACACGAAAUGUUGGGUUCGACAAAGACAGAUGAUCCAAGAUCAUCUUGGAAGGUACUCAUCAUGGACAAAGUUACAGUGAAAGUCAUGUCUCAUUCUUGCAAAAUGUCAGACAUCACAGAUCAAGGAAUUUCACUGGUGGAAGACCUUUUCAGGAGAAGAGAGCCUUUACCCUCAAUGGAUGCUAUAUACUUUAUCCAACCAUCCAAAGAAAAUAUUGUGAUGUUCUUGUCAGACAUGUCUGGAAGGGAGCCACUGUACAAUAAAGCUUAUGUGUUCUUCAGUUCAAGUGCGCCGAAGCAAUUGAUCAAUCAUAUCAAGUCCGACGUUAGCGUAUUACCUCGUAUCGGCGCUUUCAGAGAGAUGAAUUUGGAGUACUUUCCUAUUGACAGUCAGGCGUUUAUGACGGAUCAAGAUGGCGCGUUGAGAGAGCUAUAUGGUGUUGAAGCAGACAAGUCUCGAAGAUUUGAGGCUUCCUUGACUUUGAUGGCUACUCGGCUUGCAACUGUGUUUGCCUCGUUGAAGGAGUUCCCGUUUGUCAGGUACCGGGCGGCGAAGGCAUCCGAGGAAUCCACAUUCCGCGACUCCAUCCCUUCGAAGCUUGCCGCCGGAGUGUGGCACAUGGUUUCUCAGUACAAAUCUAUUCCCAACUUCCCACAGAGAGAAACUUGUGAGCUCUUCAUCCUGGACCGAAACGUGGACCAUAUUGCACCAGUCAUUCACGAGUGGACUUACGAUGCAAUGUGCCAUGAUUUGCUGGAAAUGGAUGGCAACAAGUAUGUCAUUGAGGUUCCUAGCAAAUCAGGUGGCCCGCCUCAGGAAAAAGAAGUGCUCCUAGAAGACAAUGACCCAGUCUGGCUUGAACUUCGCCAUGUCCAUAUAGCAGAUGCUAGUGAACGUUUGUAUGAGAAGAUGACCACUUUUGCAUCCAAGAACAAAGCAGCACAAAUGCAACAAAACAAGGAUGGAGGCGAAAUAUCAACAAGGGAGUUGCAGAAGAUAGUUCAAGCUUUGCCUAAAUACAACGAAAUAAUGGAGAAGCUCCAGCUUCAUGUUGAGAUCGCAGGGAAGAUAAACUUGCAAAUAAGAGAUAUGGGGUUGAGAGAUCUUGGUCAGCUGGAGCAGGAUCUUGUGUUUGGGGAUGCAGGGGCUAAAGAGGUCAUCAGCUAUCUCAGGACAAAUAAAGAAGAUGAUCCAGAAAACAAGCUGCGGAUGUUGAUGAUUUAUGCAUUUGUGUACCCAGAGAAAUUCGAGGGUGACAAAGGCACCAAGCUCAUGCAGUUGGCUAAGCUAUCGGAGAAGGAGAUGCAAGUGGUGAAAAAUAUGCAAAUGCUGGCCGGAUCAUCUGCUGCGCCCAAAAAGCCCAAAAACAAUUUCUCUCUCAAAUUUGACAACGCCAAGACAAAGCAUGCGGCGAGAAAGGACAAAACCGAUGACGAGGAAGAGACAUGGCAGUUGUUCCGGUUUUUCCCCGUGCUGGAGGAGUUGAUCCAGAAAGUUAACAAAGGCGCCCUGCCAAAGGACGAGUACGUGUGCAUGAACGAAACAGCAGCAAAGAGUGGUGGGUCGGGGGAAGGCAGCAAGGCCGGAUCGGAGAGCACAUCAAAUGUAGGUGGCGGGCCCGAAAGAAGAGCUCCGGCCCAUUCAAAGCGAUCAAGAAGGACUCCCGCUUGGGCUCGCCAGCAUCACUCCGACGAUGGAUACUCUAGUGAUUCGGUGUUGAAGAAUGCGGUUCUUGAUCCCAAGAACAUGGGACAGCGCAUCUUUGUGUUCAUCAUUGGCGGCGCAACUCGAUCCGAGCUUCGAGUUUGUCAUAAGCUCACCACAAAGCUACAGAGGGAAGUGGUUUUGGGGUGCACUAGUUUGGAUGAUCCCGCCAAUUACAUCACGAAGCUAAGCCUCUUGUCGGAACCUGAGACAGCCACAUCGGGAAGCCACUUGCCCAUGCUUUUUUGA